UAUUAGCGAUUAACUAUUUUUGUCUUGAUUACAAUGGCUGGAAUUGUGAUCAUAAAUCUUUCGUGAUAUUCAGUUACUGUGUAGAAAGACUGUAAGUCAGAAAGCAUCAAAAGCUAUGUAUUGUGAAUGGGUUUGGAAUGUUUUUCUGAAAAAUCGCGAGUUUGCUGGUUUGCAAGAUGUUUGAACAACGAACCUCGUGACUUUCUCCACUAAUUGUAAAACCGCAUGUACGACUGCUGUGAAAAAGAGGAUUAUCGAUCAUUAGACAGAAAAAAUCGGGCAGAAUCACAGUUUACGCUUAGGAGAUUUUGCCAUCAAUUUGAAGUUUUCGCUGAAGUAAAUUCGAUUUUUUUUGGUCCAUGUGACCGACAACAGUCAGUUUAUGCAUGAAGAGUAAUAACUGGAGGUUGGGAAGACACUGCCAGAUAGAGGGGACAUUGCUCAUAUGUCGAGCAUUGUUUUAAUAAUUGGUUUUUGGACCAUUGUAUUCAUUUCUAAUGCCUUACUAAAGAAUUAUAGAAAAUACUCACGAAGAUAUAAAGAGUUUCUUGAAAAUAAUGGCAUUUCUUUGUCACCAUGUCAAGUGCGCUGGUACACUACAAGCUUCAACAGAUCAUUUGUCAGAUUUGGAAAGAUGCACCCUUACUUAUUGCAUGUGUGGUUUUCUGUGGGAGUCGUAGUCGGUGUUCUGUUAAUGUUUGCUUCGGUUGUUAUCCUUUGUCUAACUCUGUAUAAAGCCUUUGCUAAAGAUGCACCAGAGCAGGUGUUAACUCCUGUGAUGCCAGGAGUGAAUGUACCAUGGAGUCAAGUCUUGUACUACCUCAUCACAUUGACAGUUAGUGGUGUUUUCCAUGAAUUUGGACAUGCUAUUUCUGCUGUCAGAGAACAAGUUCGAGUGAAUGGAUUUGGAAUGUUCUUCAUGGCUGUUUAUCCUGGUGCCUUUGUAGAUUUGUACACUGAACAUUUGACUGUCAUCUCUCCAUUGCGUCAACUGAGGAUUUAUUGUGCUGGUGUGUGGCAUAAUUCUGUGCUUGUCAUAGUAGGUCUGGUGUUGCUGUGGUCUCUACCUUAUUUGCUGGUUCCAAUCUAUGCCACUGGUCAAGGUGCUGUGGUAUUGAAAGUUUUAAAAGAAUCCCCAGUGCAUGGUAGUAUAACACGUGGGGACACCAUCUUGUCACUAUAUGGAUGUCAGGUGUAUAACAAACAGGAUUGGAACAGUUGUAUAAGUAAAACACUCAGUUCCCCCCAACAUGGCUACUGCACAGACAUGCUGACCAUUGCCAGGAAGAACUCCUCUAAAGGUGCAAUAUACAGUGGAGGAGUCUAUGACUGCUGUCAGAAUUCAACAUCGUCAAGGUUCUGUUUUAAGUAUCAGUCUCUGAGCCACUCAAAGGGCUAUGCAUGUCUCCCAGCAAGAAGCACCAUGCAAUCCAGACAACUUUGUGGCCUACCAACAGACUGUGAUGGACCAGGUGAUAAAGUUUGUGCUCAUCCAUCAUUAGAUAACUCCAGUCGUCUUUUAAGAAUCAUACGAAGCAAGGGUACGGAUGUGCUGUAUGUUGGUGAUCCUUUACUUCUUCAAUACACAGUUGGAGUGAUCAAUUAUCUACCUCGAAGUUAUCUUCUGCCCAUGGAAAUUCCAAACAUGCUGGAGAUGCUGUUAAUAUAUUUGGUGUCUUUGUCUGGAGCCUUAGCAUUGCUCAACAUGGUUCCUUGUUACUCACUAGAUGGUCAGUGGGCAUUAUUUGCUCUCGUGGAUCACACACUUACCUCAUUUAUACCAAAUGAAGAUCAAAGGAACAUGCUGUGUAAUAUCAUUCUCACUCUUGGAACACUGUUGCUGGCAGCAAACAUAACACUAGCUUUGUGGACAUUAGGAAGUGCAUAGGUAAUGAAAAGCAAUGUUUUCAUUUUUCCACUCCUCUGUCUGUGAGUCAUAACCAGACGAUUUUUCAAGAACAGUCAUCAUGUUUCAUAGAAAUAAUAUCUUGAUUAUGGACAUCUGAGAUUGCAAAUGAGAUUGCUUUCUGAGAGUUAAGGAACGGAAAAAGAACUGAACUUUGAGAUACAGGGAAUUUCUAAGGCGAAAUACUAUGUACUUACUGACUGAGUGAGGAGGCCACACAGGAAAAUAUUUGGCUUGAGGUUGUGAAUUAUAAACCAAGGGCAGCAAAGUCUGUGCAUCAUGACUGGGGUGCCGCAUAUUUCCGCAUGUGGGCUAACCAGAUCCAGCCAUUAACUAGUUCAUCAUAUGUACAUCAAGUUUUAGAAAUUUGAAAUAAUGUUCGAAGGUUAAAUAUGUAAGAUGGGACAUGCUGGCCAAUUACAAAAGAGGUUUCUCUCUUUGAAUUAGGUUUCAUUGAAAAAUGCAACCUAUCCUCUCAUUUCAGACUGUUUUCUUCAAGGUUUUGGUCCACUUUUGACAUAUGUUCUGGUAAGAAUUAAAGAGAAUGUCUAAGAACACGGGAUGAUUAGCUGUGUUAAAAGUAAGAUAUUGAAGUCAGCAUAUCACAAUCGUGGAAGACAUUCAUUUGGUUCAGUCUAAGAUUUUUAAAAACUAUCUUCUAAAAAACAUCUUAGAAACCCUCUGCAAUU